AUCCAAUGAUCUAAUGAGCUAUUAGUGGGGGAGAAUAUCAGCAAAACAUAACCAUCCAUAAAAAAAUUUCUAAUGAAUUCCUCUUCUUCAACCCUUUUCUUGCUUUGUGCUUCAUUAUUGUUCUUCGUGGCCCUCGCUUCAGAGAAACUCCCGGAGUUCAGUUCUUCAAAUACAGAGAAAUGGGGAAGUAUGCACCCGAAUUAUGCAGCUUGCUCAAAAGGCAAGAGGCAAUCCCCCAUUAAUAUCAACACCAACGACGUCGUCGCCAACAAAACCAUGAAACCUUUGAGCAGAAAAUACCAUAUUUACAAUGCUACAUUGUGCACUGAUGGCUAUGAUACUGAGGUUGCAUUUAAUGGACGAGGAGAAUUGAUAAUAGAUGGCAGAACAUACAAAUUGAAGCAGAUGCAUUGGCAUACUCCAUCGGAGCACCGCCUUAAUGGUGUCCAAUACCCGGCAGAGCUACAUCAAGUACAUGCAACCGAUGAUGGCAACCGGGCAGUUGUGGCGAUCCUCUUUGAGUAUGGAAAACCUGAUCCAGUUCUUACCAUGCUGAAACCCCAAUUGAAUGAACUAGCUAAGGAACCUUGUCAAGGUGGUCUUGAAAGACAAGUUGCCAUCCCAUGGUUUGGGUCAAGCUUCUUGAAGAAGAGACCUCGCAAAUAUUACAGAUAUCCUGGCUCUCUCACCACCCCUCCUUGUGAUGAGAAUGUUAUUUGGAGUGUUCUUACAAAGGUGGAAUCGAUAACAAAAGAUCAAAUUGAAGCUCUAAAGGCACCUCUGUGUGAGGCUAAUAAGAUCAAGAAUGCAAGGCCUACACAACCUCUAAAUGGAAGAAAGGUCCAAAAGUAUGAUGGCAAGUAGCUAAGAGCAAGACUGUUGUUGUCCCCCCCUCACGAUAACUCCACUAGCUCGCUCUAACACCAAAGAAAUAAGAACUUAGUUAAUGAUUUGACCAUUGAAUUGCUGAGGGGAACAACAUAAAUUUGUAUAAAAUGAACAAAAUUCAAAGAGAUCAUCGAAUAAUAAUAAUGUUUUGAUGAUCAAAACGUUUUGUAUGC